CAGCGGGUGGAGCCGCGGGAGCGGCGGGCACUUCCGGAAUCGAUCGGCUGCUUGAGUGCCCGCGCCACCCGCUACCAUGAACGAGGAGGCCAUCUGCAGCGUCCUGCCCACCAUCCCGUACCACAAGCUCGCCGACUUGCGCUACCUGAGCCGCGGCGCGUCCGGCACCGUGUCUUCUGCCCGCCACGCAGACUGGCGCGUUCGGGUGGCCGUGAAACACCUGCACAUUCACAGCCCGCUGCUCGACAGUGAAAGAAAUGAUGUCUUAAGAGAAGCUGAAAUUUUACACAAAGCUAGAUUUAGUUACAUUCUUCCAAUUUUGGGAAUUUGCAAUGAGCCUGAAUUUUUGGGAAUAGUUACUGAAUACAUGCCAAAUGGGUCAUUAAAUGAACUCCUACAUAGGAAAAAUGAAUAUCCUGAUGUUCCUUGGCCAUUAAGAUUUCGUAUUCUGCAUGAAAUUGCACUAGGUGUAAAUUACCUGCACAAUAUGAAUCCUCCUCUACUUCAUCAUGACCUGAAGACUCAGAAUAUCUUAUUGGAUAAUGAAUUUCACGUUAAGAUUGCAGAUCUUGGCUUAUCAAAAUGGCGCAUGAUGUCCCUGUCACAAUCACGAAAUAGUAAAUCUGCACCAGAAGGAGGGACAAUUAUCUAUAUGCCACCUGAAAACUAUGAACCUGGACAAAAAUCAAGGGCUACUAUCAAGCAUGAUAUAUACAGCUAUGCAGUUAUCACAUGGGAAGUCUUAUCUAGAAAACAGCCUUUUGAAGAUGCAGGGUACAUCAAGUUGAUUGUGGAGCUUUAAUCCGCUGCUUCUGAGGCUGCUGGGAGAGAUAUCCCUUUCUCUUCUUUGUUCUCACAGCUCCCAGGGGCUCAGCUUUGGAUUUGGCCCCGCCUCUACAUGUAGGUCGCCGGAGGGCAUCUGUUCUUCGCUCAGACAGGACGGGGUUAAAGGAGGAACUGAUUCGGGGGCUCUGGCUCUCUCAGGCCGGGGGGAGGGAGGGGCACCGAGGGCAGGGCGAGCCUGUGACGCCACAGGCCGACGUGACGUUGCACCAGCCUGAGGCGCGCCGUGCGUUCUCCCGGGAAGUUGUCCCUGGAUCCCGGGAACCUGGCAGUGGCGGGCUGCACAGGCUCCCCGGAAGAGGGGUGUGGAUAGUGACCUGUGCUCACACACAGGCUUCUUGGUGGCGGCAGCAACAGCCUUAGCGUCUCAUGCCCGUCUCUGGGUUCCGCGCUUUCAUCCGCGGCUCACGCCCGUCUCUGGAGCUCCUUUAAGCAGCGCUCUUAAUCCCCGCACCAGGAAACAAAGAGGGAAGAAAAAGUCUCUUGCCUCUUCGGCAGCUCCAGACUUUUCCCCAGACUCCCUCAGGCCACCCGUGGCGCACUAAAUCCCUGCAGGCUGUGUUCACGCAGCCAAACCCAGUCCUCUCCCUGCGCUCCGACCAAAGCCCGAGCCUCAGCUCCCAGCCCCACCCACCCCGGCGGAGGAGAAGACAAACCUCUCGGGCUGGUUAGUGCCAGGCGGCACCUAUCUUCUGUGCGGGAAUCUCUCUACUUUGCCCCCCGCACCCCUGUUGCUGUGCUCUCCUCCGUGGCUCCGAAGGUUUCCCCCUCCGCCACCCACAGUCUCUGCCCUCGAAGGGGCUUCCUAGUGUGUGGAAACCUUUCCUCCUUCACAGCUCCCUCCCACUGGUGCAGGUCCCGUUCCUAUCCUUUUGUCUCUGUUUAUUCUUUUUUCUUGUGCCCUACCCAGGUACGUGGGGGGUUUCUUGCCUUUUGGGAGGUCUGAGGUCUUCUGCCAGCGUUCAGUAGGUGUUCUGUAGGAGUUGUUCCACGUGUAGAUGUAUUUCUGGUGUAUCUGUGGGGAGGAAGGUGAUCUCCCCAUCUUACCAUUCCACCAUAUUCCCGGAAGCCCUUUGGCAACUUUUAAAAGUGAAAAAGACAACUGCGGUUGAACACAAAAGGAAAAAAUGGGACUUCCCUGUUGGCGCAGUGGUUGAGAGUCCACCUGCCGAUGCAGGGGACACGGGUUCGUGCCCCGGUCUGGGUAGAACCCACAUGCCGUGGAGUGGCUGGUCCUGUGAGGCAUGGCCACUGAGCCUGCACAUUCAGUGCCUGUGCUCCACAAUGGGAGAGGUCACAACAGUGAGAGGCCCACGUACUGCAAAAAAAAAAAAAAAAAAAAAACUCUAGAAUGGAUGAAUAGCAGAAUAACUGAGGCAGAAGAAUGCAUAAGUGACCUGGAAGAUAAAGUAGUGGAAAUAACUACUACAGAGCAGAAUAAAGAAAAAACAAUGAAAAUAACUUAGGACAGUCUCAGAGACCUCUGGGACAACAUUAAAUUCACUAACAUUCGAAUUAUAGGGGUUCCAGAAGUAGAAGAGAAAAAGAAAGGGACUGAGAAAGUAUUUGAAGAGAUUAUAGUUGAAAACUUCCCUAAUGUGGGAAAGGAAAUAGUUAAUCAACUCUAGGAAGCACAGAGAGUCUCAUACAGGAUAAAUCCAAGGAGAAAUACGCCAAGACACGUAUUAAUCAAACUGCCAAAAAUUAAAUAUAAAGAAAAAUUAUUGAAAGCAGCAAGGGAAAAGCAAAAAUAACAUACAAGGGAAUCCCAAUAAGGUUAACAGCUGAUCUUUCAGCAGAAACUCUGCAAGCCAGAAGGGACUGGCAGGACAUAUUUAAAGUGAUGAAGGAGAAAAACCUGCAACCAAGAUUACUCUACCCUGCAAGGAUCUCAUUCAGGUUUGAUGGAGAAAUGAAAACAUUUACAGACAAGCAAAAGCUGAGAGAGUUCAGCACUACCAAACCAGCUUUACAACAAAUGCUAAAGGAACUUCUCUAGGCAAGAAACACAAGAGAAGGAAAAGACCUAUAAUACCCAAUGCAAAACAAUUAAGUAAAUGGGAAUAGGAACAUACAUAUCGAUAACUACCUUAAAUGUAAAUGGAUUAAAUCCUCCAACCAAAAGACACCGACUGGAUGAAUGGAUACAAAAAUAAGACCCAUAUAUAUGCUGUCUACAAGAGACCCGCUUCAGACCUAGAGACUCACACAGACUGAAAGUGAACGGAUGAAAAAAGAUAUUCCAUGCAAAUGGAAAUCCAAAAAAAGCUGGAGUAGCAAUUGUCAUAUCAGACAAAAUAGACUUUAAAAUAAAGACUAUUAGAAGAGACAAAGAAGGACACUACAUAAUGAUCAAGGGAUCGAUCCAAGAAGAAGAUACAACAAUUGUAAAUAUUUAUGCACCCAACAUAGGAGCACCUCAAUACAUAAGGCAAGUACUAACAGCCAUAAAAGGGGAAAUCGACAGUAACACAUUGAUAGUAGGGGACUUCAACACCCCAGUUUCACUAAUGGACAGAUCAUCCAAAAUGAAAAUAAAUAAGGAAACACAAGCUUUAAAUGAUACAUUAAACAAGAUGGACUGAAUUGAUAUUUAUAGGACAUUCCAUCCAAAACAACAGAAUACACAUUUUUCUCAAGUGCUCAUGGAACAUUCUCCAGGAUAGAUCAUAUCUUGGGUCACAAAACAAGCCUAGGUAAAUUUAAGGAAAUUGAAAUUGUAUCAAGUAUCUUUUCCGACCACAAUGCUACGAGAAUAGAUAUCAAUUACAGGAAAAGAUCUGUAAAAAAUACAAGCACAUGGAGGCUAAACAAUACACUAAUUAAUAACGAAGUGAUCACUGAAGAAAUCAAAGAGGAAAUCAAAAAAUACCGGAAACAAAUGACAAUGGAGACACUGUGAUCUAAAACCUAUGGGAUGCAGCAAAAGCAGUUUUAAGAGGGAGAGGGAAGUUUAUAGCAAUACAGUCCUACCUUAAGAAACAGGAAACAUCUCGAAUAAACAACCUAACCUUGCACCUAAUGCAAUUAGAGAAAGAAGGACAAAAAAUACCCCAAAGUUAGCAGAAGGACAGAAAUCAUAAAGAUCAGAUCAGAAAUAAAUGAUAAAGAAAUGAAGGAAUGAUAGCAAAGAUCAAUAAAACUAAAAGCUGGUCCUUUGAGACGAUAAACAAAAUUGAUAAACCAUUAGCCAGACUCAUCAAGAAAAAAAGGGAGAAGACUCAAAUCAAUAGAAUUAGAAAUGAAAAAGGAGAAGUAACAACUGACACUGCAGCAAUACAAAAGAUCAUGAGAGAUUCCUACAAGCAACUCUAUGCCAAUAAAAUGGACAACCUGGAAGACAUGGACAAAUUCUUAGAAAUGCACAACCUGCCAAGACUGAAUCAGGAAGAAAUAGAAAAUAUGAACAGACCAAUCACAAGCACUGAAAUUGAAACUGUGAUUAACAAUCUUCCAACAAACCAAAGCCCAGGACCAGAUGGCUUCACAGGCGAAUUCUAUCAAACAUUUAGAGAAGAGCUAACACCUAUCCUUCUCAAACUCUUCCAAAAUAUAGCAGAGGGAGGAACACUCCCAAAUUCAUUCUACGAUGCCACCAUCACCUUGAUUCCAAUACCAGACAAGGAUGUCACAAAGAAAGAAAACUACAGGCCAAUAUCACUGAUGAUCAUAGAUGCACAAAUCCUCAACAAAAUACUAGCAAACACAAUCCGACAGCACAUUCAAAGGAUCAUACACCAUGAUCAAGUGGGGUUUAUUCCAGGAAUGCAAGGAUUCUUCAAUAUACACAAAUCUAUCAAUGUGAUAAACCAUAAUAACAAAUUGAAGGAGAAAAACCAUAUGAUCAUUUCAAUACAUGCAGAGAAAGCUUUUGACAAAAUUCAACACACAUUUAUGAUAAAAACCCUGCAGAAAGUAGGCAUAGAGGGAACUUGCCUCAACAUAAUAAAGGCCAUAUAUGACAAACCCACAGCCAACAUCAUCCUCAAUGGUGAAAAAUUGAAACCGUUUCCACUAAGAUCAGGAACAAGACAAGGUUGCGCACUGUCACCACUCUUACUCAAUAUAGUUUUGGAAGUUUUAGCCACAGCAAUCAGAGAAGAAAAGGAAAUAAAAGGAAUCCAAAUCGGAAAAGAAGAAGUAAAGCUGUCACUGUUUGCAGAGGACAUGAUACUAUACAUAGAGAAUCCUAAAGAUGCUACCAGAAAACUACUAGAACUAAUCAAUGAAUUUGGUAAAGUUGCAGGAUACAAAAUUAAUGCACAGAAAUCUCUUGCAUUCCUAUACACUAAUGAUGAAAAAUCUGAAAGUGAAAUCAAGAAAACACUCCCAUUUACCAUUGCAACAAAAAGAAUAAAAUAUCUAGGAAGAAACCUACCUAAGGAGACAAAAGACCUGUAUGCAGAAAAUUAUAAGACACUGAUGAAAGAAAUUAGAGAUGAUACAAAUAGAUGGAGAGAUAUACCAUGUUCUUGAAUUGGAAGAAUCAACAUUGUGAAAAUGAUUCUACUACCCAAAGCAAUCUACUGAUUCAAUGCAAUCCCUAUCAAACUACCACUGGCAUUUUUCACAGAACUAGAACAAAACAUUUCACAAUUUGUAUGGAAACACAAAAGACCCUGAAUACCCAAAGCAAUCUUGAGAACGAAACACGGAGCUGGAGGAAUCAGGCUCCCUGACUUCAGACUAUACUACACAGCUACAGUAAUCAAGACAGUAUGGUACUGGCACAAAAACAGAAAGAUAGAUGAAUGGAACAGGAUAGAAAGCCCAGAGAUAAGCCCACGCACAUAUGGUCACCUUAUCUUUGAUAAAGGAGGCAGGAAUGUACAGUGGAGAAAGGACAGCCUCUUCAGUAAGUGGUGCUGGGAAAACUGGACAGGUACAUGUAAAAGUAUGAGAUUAGAUCACUCCCUAACACCAUAUACAAAAAUAAGCUCAAAAUGGAUUAAAGACCUACGUGUAAGCCCAGAAACUAUGAAACUCUUAGAGGAAAACAUAGGCAGAACACUCUAUGACAUAAAUCACAGCAAGAUCCUUUUUGACCCACCUCCUAGAGAAAUGGAAAUAAAAACAAAAAUAUACAAAUGGGACCUAAUGAAACUUCAAAGCUUUUGCACAGCAAAGGAAACCAUAAACAAGACCAAAAGACAACCCUCAGAAUGCGAGAAAAUACUUGCAAAUGAAGCAACUGACAAAGGAUUAAUUUCCAAAAUUUACAAGCAGCUCAUGCAGCUCAAUAACAAAAAAAGAAAACAAGCCAAUCCAAAAAUGGGCAGAAGACCUAAAUAGAGAGUUCUCCAAAGAAGUUAUACAGACUGCCAACAAACACAUGAAAGAAUGCUCAACAUCAUUAAUCAUUAGAGAAAUGCAAAUCAAAACUACAAUGAGAUAUCAUCUCACACCAGUCAGAAUGGCCAUUAUCAAAAAUCUAGAAACAAUAAAUGCUGGAGAGGGUGUGGAGAAAAGGGAACACUCUUGCACUGCUGGUGGGAAUGUGAAUUGGUUCAGCCACUAUGGAGAACAGUAUGGAGGUUCCUUAAAAACUACAAAUAGAACUACCAUAUGACCCAGCAAUCCCACUACUGGGCAUAUACCCUGAGAAAACCAAAAUUCAAAAAGAAUCAUGUACCAAAAUGUUCAUUGCAGCUCUAUUUACAAUAGCCUGGAGAUGGAAACAACCUAAGUGCCCAUCAUCCAGAUGAAUGGAUAAAGAAGAUGUGGCACAUAUAUACAAUGGAAUAUUACUCAGCCAUAAAAAGAAACGAAAUUGAGCUAUUUGUAAUGAGGUGGAUAGACCUAGAGUCUGUCAUACAGAGUGAAGUAAGUCAGAAAGAAAAAGACAAAUACCGUAUGCUAACACAUAUAUAUGGAAUUUAAGAAAAAAAAUGUCAUGAAGAACCUACGGGUAAAGCAGGAAUAAAGACGCAGACCUCCUAGAGAACGGACUUGAGGUUAUGGGGAGGGGGAAGGGUGAGCUGUGACAGGGCGAGAGAGAGUCAUGGGCAUAUACACACUAACAAACGUAGUAAGGUAGAUAGCUAGUGGGAAGCAGCUGCAUGGUACAGGGAUAUUGGCUCGGUGCUUUGUGACAGCCUGGAGGGGUGGGAUAGGGAGGGUGGGAGGGAGGGAGACGCAACAGGGAAGACAUAUGGGAACAUAUGUUUAUGUAUGACUGAUUCACUUUGUUAUAAAGCAGAAACUAACACACCAUUGUAAAGCAAUUAUACCCCAAUAAAGAUGUUAAAAAAAAAAAUGCUGGAGAGGGUGUGGAGAAAAGGGAACACUCUUGCCCUGCUGGUGGGAAUGUGAAUUGGUUCAGCCACUAUGGAGAACAGUAUGGAGGUUCCUUAAAAAACUACAAAUAGAACUACCAUAUGACCCAGCAAUCCCACUACUGGGCAUAUACCCUGAGAAAACCAAAAUUCAAAAAGAAUCAUGUACCAAAAUGUUCAUUGCAGCUCUAUUUACAAUAGCCCGGAGAUGGAAACAACCUAAGUGCCCAUCAUCCGGAUGAAUGGAUAAAGAAGAUGUGGCACAUAUAUACAAUGGAAUAUUACUCAGCCAUAAAAAGAAACGAAAUUGAGCUAUUUGUAAUGAGGUGGAUAGACCUAGAGUCUGUCAUACAGAGUGAAGUAAGUCAGAAAGAAAAAGACAAAUACCGUAUGCUAACACAUAUAUAUGGAAUUUAAGAAAAAAAAUGUCAUGAAGAACUUAGGGGUAAAGCAGGAAUAAAGACGCAGACCUCCUAGAGAACAGACUUGAGGUUAUGGGGAGGGGGAAGGGUGAUUUGUGGCAAAGCGGGAGAGAGGCAUAGACAUAUAUACACUAACAUACGUAAGGUAGAUAGCUAGUGGGAAGCAGCCGCAUAGCACAGGGAUAUCAGCUCGGUGCUUUGUGACCGCCUGGAGGGGUGGGAUAGGGAGGGUGGGAGGGAGGGAGACGCAAGCGGGAAGAGAUAUGGGAACAUAUGUAUGUGUGUAACUGAUUCACUUUGUUAUAAAGCGGAAACUAACACACCUUUGUAAAGCAAUUAUACCCCAAUAAAGAUGUUACAAAAAAAAAAAACAAGAAAAUAUAUAGGUGAAGUGUAAAAGGGUUGGAAUAGAUAUACCAUAACAGUAAAAACAAAACAACAACAACAAAACUGGAGUGGCUAAGAAAAUAUCAGAAAAAAAUUACAUUUUAAGACGAAAAUUUUUACUAGCGACAAAGACAUUUUAAAAUGAUAAAAUGAUUAUUCCAUCUAGAAUGCAUAAUAAUUAUAAACUUAUAUGCACCUAACAACAGGACUUCAAAAUACAAUGAAGCAAAAUCGGCACAACAGAAAAGAGAAACAGACAGUUCUACAAUAAUAGUUGGAUACUUUAAUACCCUUCUUUCAGUAGCAGAACAACAGAAAAUCAACAAGAAAAUAAAAA